UGCUUAUAAAUUAAAAUAAAGAAAAACAUCAAAAAGGCAUUAAUAAUAUGCAUAAAAAGAAGCUUGAACAGUAAAUUGUUGUUAAAUACUAGUGUGCCACGUUGUUUUCACGCGCUGACAAGUAUUUUGCCGCCUUUUUUUGCUAACAGCGUGCAAAACUUUCCGCUAGCCAGAAUGUCGCUGCAAGCAGCUCUUGAUGAUUGCCUAAUUGAUUUUGAUCGACGUGUGCUGGUCACCGAUCUGCUGGAAACUUACAAAUUAACUUACAAAGAAGCGCACGAAGUGCUCGAGGCGCAUAUUAAGCAGCAGGAAAGUGCAAGUGCCACCAAAUAUGAGAAGCGCUUUGUUGUGCAUGGCAAGCAAGCCGACAGCAAUGCCGAAUUGUAUACAAUUGUGCAAGGCGAGGAGAAGCUUAAGGAAUGGCUGGGCAAGUUGCAAAAUGCUGAAUCGCAGCUGUACUCGGUUGAAGUGGCGGGCGGUUCCAAGAGUGCGGCGCCAAUAUUCAAGCCCAUGAAGCAACUGGAGGUGAAACUGGCAAGGGUAGAGCAGCGUGCUAGUGCCAAGCCUAAUGGUGUCAGCAAUGGUGUGCAUAAACCAGCUGAAGUUAAGGCAGAGGACGUUAAGCCCAACAGCAGCAGCAAAGUGGAAGCACCAAAGCCUGCAGCCGAGGCGCAGAAAAAAGCUUCACCGCCAGAGCAGUCAGGCAAAGGCAAAGCCGCAAAAAAAGGCAGCAUUAGCAACUUCUUUGGCGCUGCUGCAGCGGCUAAAAAGGAACCAGCGAAAGAAACUAAGCCAGCGGCAGCUAAGCCCAGCAGCAUGGAAAACUUUUUCAAGAAGCAACCAGCAGCUAACAAUACUAAGAAAUCACCCGAGAGCAGCAGCAGCACCAGCGUCAAAAAGGAAUCGCUGGCUAGCAACACUAAGAAAUCACCCGAGAGCAGCAGCAGCGACAAAAAGGAAUUGCUUGCUAGCAACACUAAAAAAUCAUUCAAGGGUAGCAACAGCAGCAGCAGCUUCAGCCACGUCAAAAAGGAAUCGCCUGCUGCUAAAAACACUUCUGUGCAGCUUUUCCUUGCGGACAGCGAUAACUCCUCUGAUGAGGAAGAGAAGAUGGACAAGCUGCGUCGCAAUGUAAUUGACUCUGGCGAUGAGUCAGAUGAGGCGAGUGCCAAAACUAGCAGAAGUAAGCGACGUCGCAUCGAGGACUCGGAUGAUGAGGAGCAGCCGCCUAAGAAAACAAACGAGCAAGAGCAAAGCAAACAGCAAGAGAAACCGCUGGAAGCAAUGGAGGUAGAGCAGUCAGCUACAAAUGAAACAUAUCUGGAUGAAGAUGGUUUCGUUAUAACAAUCAAGUCGAAAAAGCAAAAUACGCAGCCAGCUAAGAAGAAGACUUCACCAACUGCAACAGCAACAGCAAAAGCAACUGUAGCUGCAACAAAAAAGAAAUCGCCACCGGCAGCAAAGGAAGCGGCCAAAACCAAACAAGGCAACAUUAUGAGUUUCUUUACCAAAAAGUGAUGCGAUUAUUGAUUGAUGCGUUAAAGAUACACAAAAUUUAUAUUUAUAGUUAACGAUUAAGCAAAGCACUUCACUUCAUUAAUAAACAGAAUUG